AUGGGGAAUUGUUGCAGUAGUUUUCCAGAAGAACAGCUACCUCGUCCUCCGCCGGGACGUAGAGGUUAUCCUGUAGGCAAUAGUCAUAACAUUUACCAUACAAAUCCUGUAUUGGAAUUACUUGAAGAAGAGUACCAGAUUAAGAGAAAUUUUGAAGCAGAAACAAAAGGAAGGUCUAGGGGUAAGAGAUACGAUCGAGAUAGAGAUAUUGGUCCCAGGCGUAAUAAAGAAUGGGCAAGUCGCAGUAAAGGCCGAUCCGGAACUCGUCAAAGAGCUACUAGAAGUGGUAAGAGAUCGCGCGCAAUUCGUCCCAAGAAUUCCCGCAGGAGACCUAAAGCGAGUAGGAGGAGACGGAAAGAUUUCGGCGAAGAUGAAGAUGAAGAUGAAGACAGUGAUAGCGACGAUAGUGAAUUCGAGGCUAGUGACGAUGAUGAAUUUGAUAGCGACAGUGAUAGUGACAGUGAUUCUGAAAUCUAUCGCCGGAAGAUGUCAAAGUCCGUCAAAAGUCGACGAAAGGAGCAACCCCGAAACAAACGACCUGGAAAAAGAGGCAAGGUGAUCAACAAAGACGAGGAUGAUGACUACGAUGAGUUCCUGGAAGAGGAAGAAGACGUUGAUGGCGAAGAGGACUAUAAAAAUCACAAUAAGCAGAAGAGGAAGAAAAGCAAGAGCAAACCAAUCAUCAAUGAAGCUCCAAAGAAUAGAGCAAAGGGCAAAGUCAAGCCAAAAUCGAAGGUCAAGAAGGCAAAGGAGGAUGAUAAAAUUGCUCUUCUAGAGAAUGAGGAAGAUGAGAAUGAUGUUGACAAUGAUGACACGGAAGACGAGGAUGAACAUGAAGAAACAAACAAAUAUCCUCAGAGCAAGGAUUAUGCAGCGGGAGGAAAAGGAAAAGAACCAGAAACGCCGAAUCCUUACCGGUGGACAAAUUCCUCGCAAAUAUUCGACAAGAACAAGAGUAGCAUUUACCAUAGAGCCAGAGCGAAGGGCUCAGAUCGCGAAUCAAUUCGUCAACUGGAAAUCCAGCGUCAUCGUAAAAGGCGAGAACGGGAAUCGUCACUUAAAACCACUAAAAAAUCUAUCUCAGAAAGCCCUGGCGAUGAUGAUUGGACUGACACAGACGCAUCUUCAAUCGCACCUUCCAAACGAUCAGGAAGCACUUCAUCUCGUCUAUCCUCCUUGUUUGGCCCACGAAAUCGAAGUCUAACACCGGAACCGACUUCCCAUUUGAUGUCUCCCAUAUCACCACUCACUCGACCUUCCGUCUCAUCGAAAUCUGGAGAAAACACCUUUGGCGCCUCUGUGAUUAAGGCAUCACCACUACAAGAGAUCAUAUCUGCAGACUCGUUGCCGGCAAAUCCUGAGCCAAAAGACGCUAUCAUAACACCUCCUCCAGCCGUUCAUCAACGGCCAGCAUCACCUCUUACUAAGGCAGCUGAACCAUGUCCGGAAGGAAUGAAGAAAGUCAUUUUUAUGAGUCGUGGUAAGAGAAGCUCUAUAAAAUUGAUACCUUCAGAUGGGAAGCAUAAGGCUACUGAUGAUGUUGAGAUUAUUCUUACUAAAUGA